GAGCGCGCGAGGACGCAGCGCCAGCGCCAGAGCCUCAGUGGCGAAGAGGCGGCAGCGGCCGCGGCAGAAGCAGCGAGACCCGCCGCAGCGCCCGGCGCCUCCUCGCCAACAGACAGCGGCUGCAGCAGCCUCCUGCAGCUCCGGCAAACUUUCCGCCCAGCUGGCCGGCGGAGAGGCGCGCAAGCCAAGCACCCGCCACCAGCAGCACCCAUUGGACCUUUCCUGCAGCCUCUGCCGCCGCUCGCCCGCCUGGACCGGCACCUUCCCCCCUGUAGCCUCUUCCUGACCCCCAGCACCACCCAAAAAACACCCCCCAGGGCGGUUGCAGAAAAGCCAUGAGCCCGGAGGGGGGCGGCGGCGAAGCGGCAGCAGCAGCAGCAGCAGCCAACCCGAGACUCCGCCGGGAGCUCCCUUUGCAAGGGAAGCCGCAGCCGCAGCCUCCGCGCGCCCUUUGAUGCGCUUUGCCAACGGGGCGAGUGGCCGGUUCGUUGCUAAGGAGGGAUUUUUCCCUUGAAAGAGAAACCUCUAUUUAUUUUUGCCACCGUGGGGUUGUUUUUUGCCCCUUCUUGUGCAAAGGAAAACCUGCAGCCCGCCGGGUCUCGUGCAUGCAGGGUGGAGCUCUGAGCGCCGGGCUGCAACCGAGGAUCGGCCGCCUUCCGGGCGAGGAGGGAGGCAGGCGAGCCGAGCGGAGCGGGAGCUUUCCGGAGGAGGCAGCGGCGGAGGCGGCGGUGGCGGUGGCAGAGGCAGUCGCCGCAGUGGGCGCUCCUCUCUCGGGCGGGCACGGAGGAGGAGGCGGAGAAGCCGAGCCAGGCGCUGCGGAGAUGCCAGAGUGAGACGGGCACCCGGGGGCGCCGCGGGAUCCAGCCCCGUGCCCGGCUGGGAGCGAGCCGCCGGGUCGGGCGGGCAGGUGGGGAGGGGGGCACGGAAGAAGAAGGAAAAGAAGAAGAAGAAGCUGGUCCCUCCACCUUUUUUUUUUGCUUUAAAAUACACACAUAUAUUUGGAGGAGGGUGUUUGUUGCAAACCCAGUUGCCGAUUCCUCUCCACCUGCUGGCUGAUUCCUGGAGGCGGUGUGUUGCAAAUACCUUGGACAGGGAGCGGGAGAGGAAAAGCGCCCGCUGGACCAGUGCAGAGGAUAAUCUCCACUGGAGGGUCGGCACUUUGAAAACGCUCGCACCUCUAAAGUCACUUCCUGCCGCUCUAGGAAUACAAAACUCUCUUUUUUGUAACCAUGCCGGGAGACACGUGGAGGUGGACUUGCCUCGUCUUGCACCUCCUUCCUUGUGCCGUCAUGCUGCCUUCCACCACGAGGCAGCAGCCUCCCAACCCAAAGAGACCUUUCCUCACCUUCACUGUGGAAACGGCGGACGUGCAUUUCAACCACUUGGUGGUGGACGAGAGGAGAGGCAACAUCUACCUGGGGGCCGUCAAUUGGAUCUACAAACUCUCCAGCGAUCUGGAGAUGCUGACGUUUCACCAGACGGGCCCGGAUAGCGACAACCCAAAGUGCUACCCUCCCAAACUGGUCCAGCCUUGCAACGAACCCUUGAAGUCCACAAACAACAUCAACAAGAUGCUCCUCAUAGACUACAAGGAGAACAGGUUGAUUGCUUGCGGCAGCUUGUACCAGGGCAUCUGCAAACUCUUGAGGUUGGACGACCUGUUUAAGCUCGGGGAGCCCUUCCACAACAAGGAACACUACCUCUCCGGGGUGAACGAGAGCGGCUCGGUUUUUGGGGUGAUAGUCUCUUACAACAACAUGGACGACAAGCUCUUCAUUGCUACCGCCGUGGAUGGCAAGCCAGAGUACUUCCCCACAAUCUCUAGCAGAAAGCUCCCCAAGAACUCCGAGGCAGAAGGGAUGUUUGCUUACGUUUUCCACGACGAGUUUGUGGCCUCCAUGAUCAAGAUCCCGUCGGAUACGUUUACCAUCAUCCCUGACUUCGACAUAUACUACAUCUAUGGCUUCAGCAGUGGUAAUUUCGUCUACUUUCUCACCCUCCAGCCCGAGAUGAUUUCUCCGCCGGGCUCCACCACUAAGGAGCAAGUCUACACCUCCAAGCUGGUCCGCCUGUGCAAAGAAGACACGGCCUUCAACUCGUACGUCGAAGUGCCCAUUGGCUGCGAGAAGAACGGGGUGGAAUACCGAUUGCUGCAGGCGGCCCACCUGUCCAAGGCGGGAGCCAUCUUGGCCAGGUCACUGGGCAUCAGGCCGGAGGACGACGUCCUCUUCGCCGUCUUCUCCAAGGGGCAGAAGAGGAAGAUGAAGUCCUUGGAUGAGUCGGCCCUGUGCAUCUUUGCUCUGAAGAGAAUUAACGACCGCAUCAAAGACAGGCUGCAGUCCUGCUAUAGGGGCGAAGGCACUUUGGAUUUGGCCUGGCUUAAAGUGAAGGACAUCCGCUGCAGCAGUGCACUGUUAACAAUUGACGAUAAUUUCUGUGGCCUGGAUAUGAAUGCCCCACUCGGAGUAUCUGAAAUGGUACGAGGACUCCCCGUCUUAACAGAAGACAAGGACAGGAUGACGUCUGUCAUUGCUUAUGUCUAUAAGAACCACUCCUUGGCUUUCGUGGGCACCAAGAGCGGCAAGCUGAAAAAGAUCCGUGUCGAUGGACCCAUCAGAGGUGCCCUCGAGUAUGAGAUUGUCCAGGUGGUGGAUACCGGCCCAAUCUUGCGGGACAUGGAUUUUUCCGUAGAUCACAAGCAUCUGUACCUCAUGUCUGAUAAGCAGCUCACCCGAGUGCCGGUGGAGUCCUGCGGACAGUACAAAAGCUGCAGCGCGUGCCUGGGCUCGGGGGACCCCCACUGCGGAUGGUGUGUGCUCCACAACGCGUGCACAAGGAAAGAGCAAUGUGAGCGGUCCAGGGAGCCCCGGAGGUUUGCCUCGGAGAUGCAGCAAUGCGUCCGACUGACCGUGCACCCCAACAACAUCUCCGUCUCACAGUAUAGCGUCAUGCUGGUCCUGGAGACUUACAAUGUCCCGGAGCUGUCGGACGGCGUCAAUUGCACCUUUGGGGACCUGUCGGAAAUGGACGGCGUGGUGCUGGGGAGCCGGAUCCAGUGCAAGUCCCCCGCAGCCAAGGAGGUGCCAAAGAUCAUCACCGAGAACGGAGACCACCACAUUGUCCAGCUCCAGCUCAAAUCCAAGGAAACAGGGAUGACUUUUGCCAGCACCAGUUUUGUCUUCUACAACUGCAGCGUCCACAACUCGUGCCUGUCGUGUGUGGAGAGCCCUUACCGGUGCCACUGGUGCAAAUACCGCCACGUCUGUACUCACGAACCCCUCAAUUGCCACUUCUUGGAAGGACGAGUCAAAGUUCCUGAGGACUGCCCCCAGUUGCUGCACGUCAAUAAGAUCUUGGUGCCCGUGGACGUCAUCAAGCCGAUCACGCUGAAGGCCAAGAACCUUCCUCAGCCUCAGUCCGGGCAGCGGGGCUACGAGUGCAUCAUCAGCAUCCAGGGCAAUGAGAAGAGGGUGCCUGCGUUGCGGUUUAACAGCUCCAGUGUCCAGUGCCAAAACACUUCGUACACUUACGACGGGACGGAGAUUAACAGCUUGCCAGUGGAGCUGACAGUCGUGUGGAAUGGGGAUUUCAACAUUGACAACCCUGCGCAGAACAAAGUCCACCUGUACAAAUGCGGGGCCAUGCGAGACAGCUGCGGCCUGUGCCUGAAAGCAGACCCGGACUACGAGUGCGGCUGGUGCGAAGGCCAGAACCGGUGCACCUUGAAGCACCAUUGCCCCAUCCUGGAGAACCGGUGGCUGGAGCUCUCUGGCGCCGGGGGCAAGUGCACCAACCCCAAGAUCACAGAAAUCAGCCCGGUGAGGGGACCUCGCGAAGGAGGGACCAGAGUGACCAUCCGGGGAGAAAAUUUGGGCUUGGAGUUCCGGGACAUUGCAUCGCAUGUCAAAGUAGCUGGCGUGGAGUGCAUUCCUUUAGUGGAGGGAUACAUCCCAGCAGAGCAAAUAGUGUGCGAGAUGGGCGAGGCCAAGCACAGCCAGCAUGCAGGAAAUGUGGACAUCUGUGUGGCCGAGUGCAAGCCAGAGUUCAUGGCCAAAUCCUCCCAGUUCUAUUACUUUACGAUGCUGACUCUCUUUGACCUAAAUCCCAAGCGAGGUCCAGUGUCUGGCGGAACCCAAGUCACCAUCACGGGCAAGAACCUGAACGCUGGCAGCAACGUCUCGGUGCUCUUUGGCGAGCACCCCUGCCUUUUCCACUGGAGAACAGCAGAAAGGAUUGUUUGCAACACCACGGCUUACACCAGUGGCACAGAGAAGAUGGUAGUGGACGUGGUUGUGAAGGUAGACAAGGCCAGGCUCCACAAGGAGCUGGAGAAGGCCAAGUCCCCCAAGGAGCUGGAGUUUGAAUAUACGACGGACCCAACCAUCGUGAAGAUCGAUCCAGAAUGGAGUAUUGUCAGUGGAAAUACACCCAUUACAGUGCGGGGCACGAACUUGGACCUCAUCCAGAACCCUCAGAUCCGGGCAAAGUACGGUGGGAAGGAGCACAUCAACGUUUGCGAAGUGCAGAACGACACGGAGAUGAUCUGCCGAGCACCAGCGGUGGAACCGAAUAACCAGACUGACCCUCCUGUGCGUCCAGAUGAGUUUGGCUUCAUCUUGGACAAUGUCCACUCCUUGCUGAUCCUCGAGAAACCCAACUUCACCUACUACCCAAACCCCAUCUUUGAGGCUUUCAAUCCCUCUGGGAUUUUGGAGCUGAAACCAGGGACCCCUGUGAUAUUAAAGGGUAAAAACCUGAUCCCAUUGACAGGAGGGAACGCCAAGCUGAAUUACACAGUUCUGGUUGGUGAGAAGCCCUGUGUUCCCACGGUGUCUGAAGUGCAGCUGCUGUGCGAGUCCCCAAAUCUCACUGGACGGCAUAAAGUGACGGCUCGCGUUGGAGGGAUGGAGUUUUCCCCAGGGAUGGUGAACAUCUCCCCGGACAGCCCACUUAGCCUGCCCGCCAUUGUCAGCAUUGCCGUGGCAGGGGGGCUCCUCAUCAUCUUCAUCGUGGCCGUGCUGAUUGCCUACAAGCGCAAGUCCCGCGAGAGUGACCUCACCCUCAAACGGCUCCAGAUGCAAAUGGACAACUUGGAGUCCCGGGUCGCCUUGGAGUGCAAGGAAGCUUUUGCAGAACUGCAGACGGACAUCCACGAGCUGACUAGCGAUUUAGAUGGAGCUGGCAUCCCAUUUCUGGAUUACCGGACCUAUACCAUGAGGGUGCUUUUCCCUGGCAUCGAAGAUCACCCUGUGCUGAGGGAUUUGGAGGUCCCUGGGUAUCGGCAAGAGCGGGUGGAGAAGGGCUUGAAGCUCUUUGCCCAACUCAUCAACAACAAGGUCUUCCUCCUGUCCUUCAUCCGCACCCUGGAGUCCCAGCGCAGCUUCUCCAUGCGAGACCGUGGCAACGUGGCCUCCCUCAUCAUGACGGUGCUGCAGAGUAAGCUGGAAUAUGCUACAGAUGUCCUCAAGCAGCUCCUGGCAGAUCUCAUAGACAAAAACCUGGAGAGCAAAAACCAUCCCAAACUACUGCUUCGGAGGACAGAAUCUGUUGCUGAGAAGAUGCUCACUAACUGGUUCACCUUCCUGCUCUACAAGUUUCUCAAGGAAUGUGCCGGCGAGCCUCUCUUCUCCCUCUUCUGUGCCAUCAAGCAACAGAUGGAGAAGGGCCCAAUCGAUGCCAUCACUGGGGAAGCUCGCUACUCUCUUAGUGAGGACAAGCUGAUCCGGCAGCAGAUCGACUACAAGACCCUGGUCCUGAGCUGUGUGAACCCUGAUAAUGUGAACAGCCCCGAGAUCCCCGUGAAGAUCCUGAACUGCGACACCAUCACGCAAGUGAAGGAGAAGAUCCUGGACGCCAUCUUCAAGAACGUGCCGUGCUCCCACCGGCCGAAAGCCGCCGACAUGGAUCUAGAGUGGAGGCAAGCGAGCGGAGCCAGGAUGAUCCUUCAAGACGAAGACCUCACGACAAAGAUCGAGAACGACUGGAAAAGGCUCAAUACCCUCGCUCACUAUCAGGUGCCCGAUGGAUCCGUGGUGGCUCUGGUGUCCAAGCAGGUGACAGCCUACAAUGCUGUCAACAAUUCCACCGUCUCCAGGACCUCUGCUAGCAAAUAUGAAAACAUGAUCCGCUACACGGGCAGCCCAGACAGCUUGCGCUCCCGGACGCCCAUGAUCACACCCGACCUGGAGAGUGGGGUCAAGAUGUGGCAUUUGGUCAAGAACCACGAGCAUGGAGAUCAGAAAGAGGGUGACCGAGGGAGCAAGAUGGUGUCGGAGAUCUACCUGACCAGGCUGCUAGCCACCAAGGGCACUUUACAGAAGUUUGUGGAUGACCUCUUUGAGACCAUCUUCAGCACAGCGCAUCGUGGGAGUGCCCUGCCCCUGGCCAUCAAAUACAUGUUCGACUUCUUGGACGAGCAGGCAGACAAGCACAACAUCCACGAUCCUCACGUGCGGCACACUUGGAAAAGCAACUGCUUGCCGCUAAGAUUUUGGGUGAACAUGAUCAAGAACCCGCAGUUUGUCUUCGACAUCCACAAGAACAGCAUCACCGACGCUUGCCUCUCGGUCGUAGCGCAAACCUUCAUGGACUCCUGUUCGACCUCAGAGCACCGUUUGGGCAAGGAUUCCCCCUCAAAUAAGCUCCUCUACGCCAAGGAUAUCCCCAGCUACAAGAACUGGGUGGAAAGGUACUACUCAGAUAUCGGCAAGAUGCCAGCUAUCAGCGACCAGGACAUGAACGCCUACCUGGCUGAGCAAUCCCGCAUGCACAUGAAUGAAUUCAACACAAUGAGCUCCCUCUCAGAGAUCUACUCCUACGUGGGCAAGUACAAUGAAGAGAUCCUUGGAGCCCUUGAUCAAGAUGACCAGGCCGGGAAGCAAAAGCUGGCCUACAAACUUGAACAAGUUAUAACCCUCAUGAGCAUAGACAGCUGAAAACUGCCCUACCAGGGGACUCCCUGGGAGGGAUUUGAAACAAACAUACAAACAAAACCAAGCCGUGCCUCAGUCAAGAACAUCCUCUUUACCAAGUGCAAGUUUCUGAUUGGCCGUCGAGCGGAGUCACCUGAAACAGCUCUCGACUCCUCUAAGGCUCGCCCGCCAAACCUAUGGACGCCAAGCAACUAGGCCUCAAGGACUUAAGGGACGUCUCUGCGGAGGGAUCCCUAGUGCGGAGACCACACAGGUGGAGCUCCCUCGUCCCCUUCUGCCUUCUCCCCGGAGCAUAUCGUCAUAUCAUCCGUUAACAAACAGAGUGGACCGCCCUGGUUCGCCUCUGUCGAUGCUGCUUUUACUGGCUCCCUGCGGGCUCGGAACCGUGGAGCAGGAAAAUAAACUCAGUGUUACUUGGAAGCUGCGCCAAGGCAGGACUUUCGCUCUCUUGCCUCUGGAGACCCCGACAGAGUGGGAACGAACUUGUUUUUGUCCUCCCACCCAGCUCCCCAGUCUUCAUCCUACAGGGGAGGACCCUAGUGACUUUUACCCCCCGUCCUUGGGACUGGCAUGGCAGAGGGGUCCCGUGUGCCCUGUGAGCUAACCGUGUUGUCAGCUGCUCUUCUGGGAUUGGGUGGAGAAGGAAGGAAAACCGCCUAUUCCCCGCUCCACAAUUUUCAUACAUUCAUCUACUUUUGUUUUUAUGGGCCAUCCUCAUUUUCAACCUGUGCCCCACUGACUGUGAAACUAAAAGGCAGCCACAUACAAGCACACACCUUUCUUUACCUGAAACUCUACCUGUCUCUUCUCUUUUUGCUUUAGAUUUUGCAUCUCAGUGGGGGCAUUUAUAUCCCUUCCUAAACCAGCGCGGCUUCACGUUGUGCAGUGAGGCACUCUCGCCGUUGCAACCGGGAGCAGUCGCCUCCCUCGCUUUUUUUGUACCAUCCCAGACUGCAAACUUUCUGUAUCUUUCCGGCUAACCAUCCCAAACAAUAGAGCACAAAAAAUAAUAAUAACAAGAAGCCUUUGAUCUAGACACAGCACAGAGUUAAACCCAGAGACAAGUACCAGCAUUAUGGAGAUGACAAGAGGCUGCAUCCCAGGAUUGGGGUAGGGUUGGGUAAGAAAAGAGGGCCCCUCCUAAGCCCACUUCUUCUUUCUUUAGUGGUAGCAACAGACCUAAUGGAUGUUCAAAAACAGGAGGGAGUGUUUAUGAUUGGCUGGGGCAGUGUAGCCUGUGCAAUGCUUUUGCCCGCAAAAUUGCAACUGGAACUGGAUUGAUUCGGCUUCUUCUUCUUUGGUUAGAUGCAUUCAUGUGUUCGUGUAAACACAUUCCAACCAGAGCAAAGCAACGUUGCAUUGCAUUUAUUUUAAUGGCGGAAUUCGGCCAUGCUGUCACGUUGAAAUCAAUGAGACUCAAAGGCUUCCCUCCUGACUGGGCCAUGUCCCCAAUUUGGAAAGCAGGAACUAAGUUCUGGUCCAGAGCUUUUUGCACACUUAAACGCAGCCCCUCACACAUUUCCAAAGUACAGGAUCAAAACGCACACUUCUGGCGUUGGCAUCUGCCUGCCGAAGCUUGGUGGAUCCGAUCCACUGUACUGGAGACCAUUGAAAUAAAUAAAUUAUUAAAUAAAUAAAAUAAAUGGGCU